CCCUAUUGUCAUGAUGUAUGCUGGAAAUGAGAUUGAUUUCGAAAAUAUAUCUUCCGAAAAUUUUCCAACGGCUACGGAAAGGGCUCGGCUCGCGCAUCUUGAUCCUUCGGCUGUUACCAAAUAUUUUGACGUUAUGAUUAGAUGCAUUUUAGAUACUAUAGUUGGGUAUGGUAAAAAACAUGGUGGUGUUUUUGGUAAUGUAAAAAAUUAUUACGGCGUCGUCGAAUAUCAAGAUCGCGGAACACCUCAUUGUCAUUUACUUGUAUGGAUUUACGGCUCGCUUAAUCCAAUUGAGUUACGUCAAAAACUUAGAGAUGAUGAGACUUUUUCACAACGGCUACUUACAUAUAUAAGUGAUAUUGUUAAAGAAGAUAUCGGCUAUCUGCUUAAAAAAGGCGAAAUCUUGACGGAUGAAAUGCUUGAAAUAGA